AUGUUAAUCAAUUUCGUAUUAUUUAUUCUCUCAUUACCGUACGUUGUGUUCGGAUGUGGCAUUACUACACACAUCGAAGUUUCACAUCGCGCUCAAGAUCUUUGGCUACAUCAGCCUGUUUAUCGACAAUAUGUUCUUCAACAUCUAGAUGCAUUACAAGGAGGAUCUCCAUAUCCUGAUGUUAUGUACAAUAAUUUGUGUUACGGCGGUAGUUUAAAUCAAGUGGCCGAAGAUACCCAUUGGUAUCCAUUCAUAAAAAUCGCCAUUGAAUAUAUGCGCGAUCGACAUCCACCACCACUACGACCUGAUGAUAUUGAUGGACAAAAGUUACUCGUAUUUCUACUUGGUGCGGCCUCCCAUCAAAUAGCUGAUGCUGUAUGGCAUGGAAGUUUAACAGGUUGUCCGAAUGGAUUUAUCGAUGCAACAGCCUGGGAGAGUUUCAAUGGCAAUCGAGAAAUGGCACAUUCAAGUGAUGAUACAGGCGGUGAUAGUGUUAUUAAUUAUGAGUUACCGAUCGGUUAUAUAGGGCUUAUUGAUAAGUGGUUUAUUCCAAGCAAGGAACUUGAACAGAUCUAUGCACGAUAUGCUAUCGCCUAUAACUCAUCACUUGAAAACGAUGCUACUGCGACACGUGUUCAGACCUGUUCCAAUGUUAUGUUCGUUGGACGAUUUGCUGAUGCUCUUCUUCUCGGUCUUCAAUAUCCUACAUACUCACAUGAAAAUAGUUUUCUACUCGAUCAAUUGCAUGAAUACUAUUAUGGCGGUUUGCCAAAUAUGGCUCAACUGACAGUUCGAUAUUGGGAUCAGAUAAUUGCAAUGUACGAACAUGGGACAAAUAUUUGUACAUUGACUGGUAAUAAUCCAUACUAUUUGAAUUGUGCCAUUCCUCAUCAUGUCACCCAUCAACAACAGCAAGAAUUGACAUCAUACGUUCGAUCGACACCUUCAGACUAUUUACCGUCUUCAGACAAUGCUCUUCCGUUAUUGUCAACAUUUGACAACACUGAAAUUCCAACUGGACUCAUUUCAAAUCAAAGCUAUGCUGCAUUUGGUCAUGCAACACUCUUCGGUGAUUUUAACGGUGAUGGACUUACCGAUCUUGUCGUGUCAGCACCCGAUUAUUAUGUACUUGGAUGUGUACAAGGUGGACGAGUAUUCAUUAUCUAUGGUCAAGCGAAUCGUCCUCUUGUACCCGAGCGCCAAAUUUCGAUUAUUGAAAGACUUGCCGAUCAAACACUUAUUUCGCCAGAAUGUGAUGGUGAUCGAUUCGGUUCAGCAUUGGCUCGUCUCGAUUGGAACAACGACGGAUUUGAUGAUCUAGUCGUUAGCAGUCCGUCGCACGGAUUCGGCUUCCGUGGAGCAGUAUUUGUGUUUGUCGGUGGUGCACAGGGUCUUCAACCUCUACCAUAUAUGCGUAUUGAUGGAGUGCAUGAACAUGAUGCGAUCGGAUUCGCACUAUAUACGGCACAUCUGGAUAACGAUAAUCGACUUGAUUUGAUCAUUACCAGUCCAUACGCUCAACCGAACGGCUAUAAUCAACCACAGCAAGGAGCUGUCUGGAUCUUCUUGAGCUCUGACAAUCAUUUAUCGAAUGAUGAACUAACUAUUGCCGAUGCAUCGUUUACCAUUUGGGGUGAAGCAGCGAAAUCGAAAUUCGGCUAUUCACUUGAAAUUAUUCCGCCAUCGUGCAUCGACAGUGUGACCUCUCCAGCUCUCAUGAUCAGCGCACCAGCCAACAAGGGUAAACUUUUCGUGUACUCGUUUGAACCUAAACCCCGUCUCAUUCUUACUCUCUCGGGCACGCAAGAAAAAGAUCGUUUUGGACAGAGUUUUUCGAUUUAUAAAGACAAAUGUUGGCUGGCUAUCGGAUCGCCGACUCGUUUUACGGACUGGUAUGGUGGUGUUGAUGUGCUUUUACUGUCGAAUCUUUUCCGUCAAUCAAAGAUUCAUCUUCAAUUAAGUGAUAUUCCUGUACUUGUCUCAAUUUAUGGUGAUAUGAUCUUUGAACGUCUUGGUACAACAAUUCAAUGGACACCCAAAGGUGAUUUAUGCAUAUCGGCUCCACUCGGCAAGAGAAACCUUCUGCCAUUGCGGUUCGAAAAAUCCAUAGGCCGCGCAUACAUAGUAUCUGCUAAUCGAAUACCAACACAACCUGAUCCGGUAGCGCAAUCAAUUAAACGUAUGAGUUCGACAACUUAUGUCGCUCGAAACCAAAUGAACCGAUUCGGUAGUCGCACUAACAUUCUUUCUUCAACAUCCGCUUCCUAUUAUGUCAUUUCAUCGCCAUUUACGACCGUAUCUAAUAAUGUACGUCUGCCGGGCAUGUUAUAUUUUCUCCCGUUAUAA